UCCACUAAGUUUAAACUUACGAACCAAAAUCUUGUGUUCCAUAAACAUUCCGCUAUGGAAAAAGCUCAGAUCAAUUAAAUCUUCAAAAGCCCUGAACUGAUCGACUUAAUCCUUGUAUGUACAGCUUCCGGUUAACGCUUCAGCUUUACUUCAAACUCCAGACUCAACCAGGCCUCGGAGAUGUGUGAAUGCCACCGACUAAAUUUGAUUUCAUGUAGGAGUUUCAAGUUUCAAGAACCAACAAACAACAGCACUGCUUCGGUUGCCAGCUCUUUAGCUGGUCAAAAAUAGGGAAAACAGAACAGAUGGACAAUGGGAGAGUGUUGUGGGGUGAUUUAUGCAGAGGAGACUGAAAUUUGUGUUUGCAGAGUUGGACAGAAGAGAGCAGGCCGGUUUCCUUUUGAGCCUGUUUACAAGGAAUUCUUCAGCUCACAGACAACAGCCCAUGCAAUCUUCUGCAGAUUUACAGAGCUUUGCAGAACUCCCUCUGAGCCUGCACGUACCUUGUAAACAUGCCCGCCUCAUCAGCUGAUGAGCGAAGGGAGGGAAAAAUAGCAAAAAACAAAAUAAACCUUGCUGCAUUCCGAACAGUGUGAGACGAGGCCUUAAAACCCACACGCGUUAGAGCCACAGCGGACGAAUGGAUGGGAAUGUCGUUUCCAGUCGCAGCACUUGUUUUGAAAUCAAAACAAGGCUCUAAACUCUCUCUCUCUCCGCUGCUUCUAGUAUUAUGUCACAACUGUUUUUUUCCACGUUUUUUUUUUAUAUAUAUUUUUACCGAAAAUCCUCAGUUGGUUGAGAAAUGCAUUUUAAAAGUAUGCUAACGCUAACAGUUAGAUUUUUUAUUUAUUUUUUUUUAUGAAUUUGAGUGGAGUCUGUUCAGCUCUAACGUAUGUUAGGUGUCCUCGGCAGUUGCUUUGUUGUCUGACCUAAUCUUUGUGAUUUACACAGGAAUGUAGGUCACACACGCAGAGUGUGUCCAAAUGGCGGCGUUACUUUGGACAGUAUGGACAUUCUGUCCUCUCAGCUGUAUACGUUCAAAGUCCGCUCAAUGGGCUCACUCUCGCUUGCCUGGGUGGGAGACGGAUCAGGGGUGCUCUUGGUUCUGACAACGUUUCAGGUGCCGUUGUUCUUAAUGCGAUUUGGCCAGUCUAACCUCUACAGGAGUGAAGACUACGGGAAAACGUUCACAGACGUGACUAACAUGAUCAACCACACUUUCAUCCAGACGGAGUUUGGCAUCGCCAUCAGUCCGGAUCAUUCAGGAAAGGUGAUCCUGACUGGCGAUGUGUCUGAGUUCGGUGGGUUUCGACUUUUUCGCUCGCGGGACUUUGGUCUGACCUUUGAACCGACGGACCUGCCAUUUGUGCCCCUCAUUCAGAUGCUGUACAACCCCGGGGACUGCAACACACUUCUGACACUCAGUAUCACGCUGGACCUGUGGCUGUCUGAUAACUUUGGCGCCACCUGGAGGAAAAUACACAACAGCGUGUGCUUGGUCAGAUGGGGUCCAAGAAACGGCAUCUACAUAACAACCAACACCAACGGAUCAUGCAAUGACAAAGGGAUGCUAGAUUUAAAGAAAACAAUGGACUACGGCAAAACCUUUCACACAAUUGCCUCCAGAGUUUACUCCUUUGUCCUUGGAGGAAAAUUUGUCUUUUCGUCCAUCAUGACCGGGAUGGGUACAGAGCGUGUGAUCCAUGUCUCUGUAGACGGCGGGGAUCACUGGAACAUCGCUCAGCUUCCUGCUGUCGACCAUCAGCAGUUUUACUCCAUCCUCGCAGCCAAUCAGGACAUGAUCUUCAUGCAUGUGGAUGAUCCCGGAGACUCGGGGGUUGGAACCAUCUACGUGUCGGACGACAGAGGAGCUGUCUUCUCCAAGUCACUGGAGCGCCAUCUCUACACAACCACAGGAAGCGACACAGACUUCACCGCCGUUUCUUCCCUGCGGGGCGUCUACAUGACCAGCAUACUCACAGAGGACGGUAACAUAGAGACAGUGAUCACAUAUGACCAAGGAGCCAAGUGGCAGCCGCUGCGCAGACCCCAGAACGUCGACUGCGACGCCGAGACCUCCACCAACAGACCCAGCAGAUGCAAGCUUCACAUAUACGCCUCGUACAGCACGGCCAAGAAGAUGAACGUUCCCAUGCUGCCGCUCUCGCAGCCCAACGCGGUGGGUCUCAUCCUGGCUCACGGCAGCGUUGGAGACUCGGAGUCUGAUCUCGCCCCUGACGUGUACGUGUCUGACGACGGGGGCUACUCGUGGCUGCGCGCUCUGAAGGGUCCCCAUGACUACGCGAUCCUGGACUCUGGAGGACUGCUGGUUGCCGUGGAGCACACCAACUCACCUAUCAACCAGAUAGAGUUCUCCACAGAUGAAGGCCAAUGCUGGCAUUCGUAUAACUUCACCAGCGACCCGCUGAACUUCAGCGGCAUGGACAGCGAGCCCGGCUCUCGCUCCAUGAACGUCAGCCUGUGGGGCUACAGGAACGACUACACCAAGUGGGUGGUGAUCACCAUAGACUUUAGGAAGCUCCUCGCCAGGGACUGCAAUGAAGGAGACUACGAAGAGUGGCUGGCUCACUCUGCAGACCCCAGUGGCUCGAGCGAUGGCUGCGUGAUGGGCUUCAGAGAGACCUUCUUACGCCUGAGGAAAGACUCGGUGUGCUGGAAUGGAAGAGACUUCACCGUUACCAAGAAGCACUUGCCCUGUCCGUGCUCAGCAGCAGAUUACCAUUGCGACUUUGGUUACUACCGGCCGGAGAACAGGUCGGAGUGCGUGGAGCAGAAGGAGCUGGUGGGCCACGCUCUGGAGUUCUGCUUGAACGGGACGACUGAGCAGCUGCAGACCAGUGGUUACCGGAAGAUUCCUGGGAACCAGUGUGAAGGAGGCUUUCAGCCGGAGAGAAAGGAGACCGACUUAAGGAGGUUGUGCAUCAGUGACGCCCUUCAUUCCAUACCUCUGACUGACAGCAGUUCACCUAGCGCUGCUGUCAUAGUGAUGGUUGUCAUGGCGAUACUCCUGGUGAGUGUUCUCGCAGGUGUCUGGCUGGUGAAGAAGUACGUCUGUGGUGGACGGUUCCUCGUUCACCGAUACUCUGUGAUGAGGGAACACGUGGAAGCAAACAAAAUUGAGGGAGUAGACGACGUCGACACCAACUACAUGGAGACAGAGAAAACACAGUUCAACGACGACUCGGAUCAAGAUCUCUUGGAAUAAAAGUUAAGGCUUUCAAGAUGGCUGAGGAUUCCUGUUGCCCCAACGUUCUCUUUUUAACAUCUGCUUCUCACUUCUCGCUGCCCCUGGUGGACGGAUGACCCUGCAGCAACUUGCGCUGACACGUUGCAUGAUUGUGUCAGAUUUGGCUUCUUAAAAAACGUGGUAAAUAGUCUGGGACAGAAAAGAAAAAAAAGCCUUCUGAACAAAUGGGCCUGCCAGGAUGUUUAAGGGUGCAACCAAGCAACAGAAAACAUAAUAGAAGCAGCCUUUUAUGUCCAGAGACGUUGCCUGCUGUCAUUUUAGUACUUUGUAAAUGUAAAACCUGCCAGACACAUUUCUGUGGCACAUGGAGUAUGUCAUCACCAAAUUUUUUUAGACUACUCACUUUUCUGGAGUUUCUUAAUGGUUAGAUGUAUUUUUUUUAAAUAAGCUAUUUCUAUUUUAUCGGAAGCAACUGUGAGCAGUAUUUUGUUAUUUUAUCCUGACUUUUAGCUAUGUGUGGUUCGUUAUUUGUUUUUUGUUGCUAUCUUUGCUAAGAGUAACAGUCUUUGAUUCUUAAUUGGUAAGAACUAAGCAGAUUUUGUUGGUCUUCUCGCAGUAAGUGAUGCAGUUAACAUACAAAUUCUUCAAGUUGCUCCAGUGACUUCCAGAUUCAAAACGAUAAGAAUAUUCUAUAAGUACAGUUUGAUUUUGUUUCCGUCGGCUAAAGGAAUUACGUUUAAAUUGCAAAAAGUAUUUUAAUUCAAAUUUGGGAAAUGUUUAUCCAAUUUUUUAUAAACAUGUAGUCAUCAAUACUUUUCUAAUAAUGACCACUUUUGCAAAAAAUAGCUGUGGUAGAUCAGUUUUUAAAGUAGAAUAAAUACAAAUUUGGCCCGGUGAGAUGUGUGUCCUGUAAAAGUCAUGUUAUUAACCUGCUGGGACCAUGUCUGCAGUAUUUCACUGUUACGUACAUUCAAGGUGAAGGAUUGGGCGUAUAUUAUUUGUAAAUUAUGAGCCAGAUGCUAACAUUCUCCUUCAUCCAGCUGUUUUUAAAUACCACACACUCCACGUUUGUUGGCAUCUUAGCUUAAAAAUAUGUGAAAAGUUUCAAAAUACAUGUGUUUUGUUGCAAUAGAGAAAUGUUUAUACAGAAAAUGAGUCAAAAUCUAACAUGUUUUGUGUAUUUUAUUUAAUUUGGAAAAAUAAUUCAGUGUUAAGAAAUAAUUUUUAAGAUAAGUCACUUACGCCAAAAUCAAUGACUCCAAAAACGUUCAUGUAAAAGAGAUGUAACAGAAGCAUUUUUUAUUUAAACUUUUACUCAAAAUUAUUAAAGUUUCUAGGAAUUGUAAGUUAAACUUUCUUUUUCUUAAGGUAUAAACAUGACAUGAUAAAAAGCAUCAUUUUUCUUGGUUAGUUUUCAAAAAUGAAACACGUUAGUGUAGUAAGGAAGACAUUUGCUGAUUUUAUUUAGUGGUUAAAAAAUGCCAUUAUAAAAAAAACACCAGUUAUUGGCAUUGCUGUAACAUCUUCUAUGAAUAACCGGUGCAUUUUGUAAGAUACACUUUACUUUUUUUAUGUGUCCAGGAACUUGUAAUUAGUGAUCCAUGACUUCCUGUUUAGAUGUGAUGAAUGUUGUGAUCUUCGUCAGACAUAAAAUAGGGACUUUCCUAAACGUGUUCCUACCUAUAGUCAAAUUCAAGAAACUUUAAACAAAACUGGCUGAGGCCUCAAGUUUAUUUUGACACAACACUCUGUGGGGGAGGAUUGCCAUGUAAGACGACAAUUAUUUUAACGCUUUUUAUAUAUCUUUACAUCUGGCAACAAUAAAUGUGGAGGGAUUUGAAAGUGAUUUGAGAGCUCAUACGUAUACAUUUGCAAUGUAAUUACUGCUACUGUCUCUUCCAAGUAGUUUUCAGACAUGAACAACUAUCGCCUUAUGUGACUGAAAAAAAACUGCAGAGCCCGAAACAAUAUAGGAAAUUAUUAUUUUAUGUCCCGUUGUGUGAGGUGACACUGAACUUACACAUUACCAUUUCUUCAAUGAUAUAAAAUGCGCUAUCCUUUCUUCUUCUUCUGUCCUGUUCGCAUGGUGAAAAAUGAAAGACUUGAAUUGUUGCCAAAGCACUUUGAUUGUAAGUUUUUCUGAUGUUUCAGGUGAAUAUGUAAAGACUAAACUCAACAUUAGACUAUUUAGCAUUUCCUGGAUGUAAAGUUGAAGCUAACGCAAACUUGAACUCAUGUUUUUUCCUAGCGGUGUCGAUGCAGGUACUAAAAUUAUCAGCAUAUAUCUGUAGACACUUUAGAAUGAUAAUCAUGGUGGAAUCCAAAUAUGUAACAUCACUAAGGUAGUACUUUUGCAGUAAUAAUAACUCAGUUGUAUUCAUUUUUCUGCUGGCUUAUUACAUAAGCUUUUACAGUGUUUGAUUUGAUUAACUGAAUUUUAUUUAAAAACAUUGUUUUACCUGUAGAGUUGUCACAUUUCUGUUUUCCGCUUUGUAAGACCUGGAACAUUUGUCAAACACACAGGGUUUUAUAGUCAAUGCUUGUUUUCUACAGCAGAGGCAAUAACAACCCAGUAAGUAAGCUAUACGGUACAAAGCAGGCAUAAUAGUGAGGGAUUUCUCAAAAACUGGUGGAUUUGUGCAAGCAAGUUGAAAUGCCUGAUUUAAACCCAGCUAUUUACUGGAUUUAAUUACUUUUUUGCACUCUCUUCAGAUAUGUGAAAGUUUUGAAAUGAUUGUACAGCUACAGUAUAUACUGUCCAUUUUUCAGACCGAGAGGUGUGACCUGUUUCCCAUCUUGAUUUCUUUACUGCUGGGAUGUAGGUUGAACUGGUCAGUGGUACAGAUGUUUUGUAACAAAUUUUUUUUUGCAUCUAUGGAUUAAAAGUAAAACACAAUAUUUCUCA